AUGAAUUUUCAACUUCCCAGACAGUUCACCCUGCCGAUGAUUUUAACCCCGUAUGACGGGCUCGGAGAUCUAAAGCAGCAUAUCAAAAAAUUCCGAUCUAUUAUGAUCGUUAACGGUGCAUCCGACCCUAUUUUAUGCCGUUAUUUUCCAUCCUUUUUAGAUGGUCCUGUACUUGACUGGUUUUGCUCUUUGCCUGCAGAUUCAAUAUCGCGCUUCCAGGAAUUAGCCAAACAGUUCGAAGACCACUUCGUAGCAUUGGCAAUAUAUCUGCAUGAUUCUGACUACUUGACGACCAUCAAGCAAGGCCCACAAGAGAGCUUAAAGGAUUAUAUUACACGUUUUACAAAGGUCACCAUGAGAAUCCCGGAUCUCCAUCCCGAAGUCCAUUUCCAUGCCAUUAAAAGCGGCCUUCGUCCGGGCAAGUUUCAAGAGACAAUUGCCGUCGCUAAACCAAAAACCUUAGCCGAAUUUCACGAGAAAGCCAAGGGACAGAUAGAUGUCGAAGAGCUUCGACAAGCCCGAAAAGCAGAAAGAUCGGUCAACAGUAAGGAUGAUGAUAAACCCCGGGAUAGUAAGAAAGCCUUUAAACCAGUUUCCCGUUAUGAGUCAUACACCCAGUUCAACAUAAAGCGAGAUGACAUUAUCAAAGAGAUACUCAAUUCAAAGUUAAUUAAGCCUCCCCGCAAAGCUAGCAACUACCCGGAAUCCAAAGGCAUUGAUAAAUCUAAAUAUUGCACCUUCCAUCAGAAGCACGGGCACACAACCGAUGAUUGUGUGAUCGCCAAAGAUCUACUCGAACGUCUUGCAAGACAAGGCCACCUUGAUAAAUUUAUUGCAGGGCACAUGCAGAAGAAAGUAACCUCCACCUCUGACCCCUCCGCAGCAGGGCCUUCAUCAAAAGAAAAGGAUAAAACACCAGCCCAACCCAGAGGGAUUAUCAACUGUAUUUCGGGAGGAUAUGCUGGAGGCGGACACACAAGCUUAGCCCGAAAACGCACUUACAGGGCCAUGUUGAAAGCCACAGAUGCCUUUAAAGGUCCUCAGCCGGUUCAGGACUUCCCAGAGAUGACUUUCCGUUCAACCGACUUUAGUCAUACUGAUACCAAUUAUGACGAUCCAGUGAUAAUUUUUGUUCAAUUGGGGGACUUGGUAGUCCACAAAGUACUACUCGAUCUUGGAAGCAGUGCCAACGUGUUAUUUUUUACCAUGUUCAAAAAACUGAAGCUAAGCAGCAACAUUCUACAACCAUACCAUGGAGACUUGGUAGGAUUUUCAGGAGAGCGAGUCCCUGUUUUGGGUUCUGUGUGGUUACAAACCACACUCGGUGAGCAACCAUUAUUUAAGACGCAAGACAUUCAAUAUCUUGUGGUCGAUUGCUUUAGCCCUUAUAAUCUCAUAUUAGGCAGACCAUUCUUAAAUAGAUUUGCUGCAAUUGUAUCCACGGUUCACCUUUGUGUUAAGUUCCCUGUGCGGGAUAAUUUAGUAGCAACCAUCCAUGGCGACCUCCACGAAGCUCGACAAUGGUAUAACACAAGCUUGAAGCCCAUCAAAAAGAAUAACACGGCGUAG